AUCGUGAGCUCAGUCCAGGAGUACGACUCAACUACCGGUGCUUUCAAACAAAAUAGGAAAGUUAUAAUAUUGGAGAUAUUGGAGGGACUGUGUGUCGGCUGGUUUACCCUGGAGUACGGCCUGAGACUAAUAGCCGCUCCCAAUAAGUACCGGUUCCUGAAGGGGGCGCUAAAUAUCAUCGAUUUGUUGGCAAUUGUGCCCUAUUUUGGGCUAAUGUUACUCAACAGCUCCGCCACCAAAGAAAGCACCCAAUGGUCAGACUUACAGCGACUACUACUGGCGCUACGGUGUGUGCGUAUACUCCGGGUGCUGAGACUCGGCCGGCAUUCCCAUGGGCUCCGGGUGUUGGGCCAGACGCUGCUGAAUAGUGGCCGCGAGUUAGGACUACUGGCGCUGUCGGUGGCGAUCGCUAUCAUUAUAUUCUCAACUCUCGCCUAUUAUGCCGAGAAGGAUGUGCCGGAAACCUUGUUUACAUCUAUUCCCAGCACCUUCUGGUGGGCCUGUAUUACGAUGACUACAGUGGGCUAUGGAGAUGUAGUUCCCGCGACUAUGUUUGGCAAAGCCGUGGCCGUAGCGUGCUGUAUGUCCGGUGUUGUGGUGGUAGCCCUUCCCAUACCUAUAAUGGUCACCAAAUUCACCGAAUUGUAUAAAAAACAAUUGAGACGUGAGAGGACUAUACAGCACAGGGAGGUAGUGAACAGUGGUAGCGAUAAACCGAUAAUGUCAGGAAAGAUACAGAAAAGGUAUGAUUCCCUGAAACUGGAGGUCACACCCAUCUCACUGGCACAUGAAUCUCAGCCACCUGUAUCCCAACACGAGUUACACUUUAAUGCUACCGGUGCUGAUAACUCACAUACCGAUCCAACAAAAAUUGAUGAUAAAACUGGAGACCAAAAAGUGAUACUAAACAUAGGAGGGGUCAAACAUGUGGUGAUGCGGCGAAGUCUGGAGCGCCUACCGCUCACCCGAUUAGGUCGGCUCCGGGAGUCUAAAGCUGUGGUCAGCGAACUGUGCGAUGACUACAACCUCACCGAUAAUGAGUACUAUUUCGAUAGGAAUAACACCACAUUCGAGCCCAUACUAGCCCUCUAUCGCACCGAUAGCCUACACCUGACUGAAGCUGGAGUACCUGAAUGCCUGAUAUCCCGGUGCUGUCAGCGCCGGUACCACCAAAGAAAGCAGCAACUAUUGGAUGACAUACGCGAUGAUGAAGAAUAUGAAGCUAAACACAUAGUCGACAGCACCGGACCCUCGAGCACCGGUAGUCUGUCCUAUCAACAACGGUUAUGGCGAGUGCUGGACAAGCCAUACAGCUCUCCCAUCGCCCGGAUAUUAUCUGUUGUAUCCAUACUAUUCACGAUUGUGUCCACAGUUGUAGUCAUCAUGAGCUCAAUGGAGAUGCUCUGGGAACGGAUCCAAUUACUAGACUUCCCGAAGAAAAUAGGAAACUACUAUUACUGGAGGGUCUAUUACGGUCUGCAACUAAUAGCCGCACCAAAUAAGUACCGGUUCCUGAAGGGGGCGCUCAAUGUAAUCGAUUUGUGGGCUAUUUUGCCAUAUUAUGGGUUAAUGUUAGGCAACACCUCCCAAAGGGGCUAUACAUACUGGCAGGACAUCCAGCGAAAGCUACUUAUCCUAAGAUGUGUCCGUAUACUCCGGGUGCUGAGACUCGGUAGGCAUUCCUAUGGACUCCGGGUUUUGGGACAAAUGUUACUGAAUAGUGGCCGCGAGUUAGAACUACUGGCGCUGUCGGUGGCGAUCGCUAUCAUUAUAUUCUCGACUCAAGUCUAUUAUGCAGAGAAAGAUGAGGUUAACACGAAGUUUAGGUCAAUUCCCGGCACCUUCUGGUGGGCCUGUAUUACGAUGACUACUGUGGGCUAUGGAGAUGUAGUUCCCACCACUAUGGUUGGGAAAGCAUGGGGUAUAGUGUGCUGUAUGUCCGGUGUUGUGGUGAUAGCCCUUCCCAUACCUAUUAUGGUCACCAAAUUCAAUGAAUUGUAUAAAAAGCAAUUGAGACGUGAGAGGGAUAUACAGCACAAGGAGUUUGUGGAUAGUGAUAGUGAUAAGGUUGUGUCGAUUCAAUUGGCAUUUAAAAUUAAACACUUGUCCACAGUUUGGUUGCGAGCACUGGUGGACAUGCUUUCCCUUCAUAUGGACAUCGAUUAUAUGCUGUUU